AUGGGUGUUUCGAAGAAGCAUUCGGGGGAAUCUGGAGGGAAGAAAGAAUGGGUGAUUGCUGGAAUUACAAUAAGGGCUCCAUUGAAGUCAAUUCGUACAAAACCAACGCAAAGAGACGAGUACUACAACGAAGAUGCUGAGAAUGAAGGGCGUUCAAAUUCUAGCUCGACAACACCGACGGCACGAGAUUCGAGAAUCCCGGAGAAACUGCCCUGCCCGCCUCCCCCAAGGAAGCGUAGGCCUGCCCAAACAUGCCAUUUUAAUGGUGUUAGGGAGUUCUUCAAUCCUCCAGACUUGGAAUCAGUAUUUGUUGUACGUCAUGUUGAGACUUGA